AUGGAAACAACAGAACUCAAUACAAUCAAUCAAUCUCAACUCAAGGUGUUGAAAAUGGAUCUUCUCAAUAUGACAAAAGACAAGAUUUCGAUCAUCACUUCUUCGAUAUGUUUUCGAACAUUUUCAAAUUUUGUGAAUUUUAUAAAACGACAUCAAAAAAUGAAUGAUCUUCGACAACUUAGUAUGAACAAUAGUGAAUUUCAUCGAGCUCGUAUUCUUCAAAUUGAUCGAUAUCGUUCACGUUCUCAUUAA